GUAAGAUGGAAAGGGCGAAUGCCUUGCCGAGACCUGGGUACCGCGCUCGCGACGGUUGAGCUGUGCUUGAGGACAGGCACCGGGAAAACAAGAUGGCGCGAUGGUCGUCGCCUCCUGUCUACUCUAGUGAUCCGGAAAUGCCUAUAGAAGUAAGGGAUGGGGUAUCUGUUGUUCUCCCGGAAGAAGGGACAUGGACCGACCUAGAACCAGCCUAUGAAACCGUGAUGCUGGACAAGAAGGACGCGUUCCUCUGGAUAGAGACAAUUUGGACGAAGAUCAGCCUGACAAGACUCUCGCCUAGCUUGAUGGACCUAGAAUUCCGGGGAACAGUGGAAGCUCGAGGAUGGAUCUACCUAUCUCAAGAAAUGGAAAACGCAAUGGUAGUGGGACUAGUAUUGGGUACGGCACCGGAUCAGUUGUUUAGGCAAGCGGAACGGGAAGUGGUAUGGGCAGCGUGUCAGCGGGCAGAAAUGGAGAUGGAAAGGAUGGAGGUGCGAGUGGAACUCGGGGACCGGGAACAUAUGAGACGUCCUCUUAGGACAAUGAGGCUAGGUAAAGAAAUGGCGACGGAGGAAGGGAUCGAUGACCAGCAAAGCGGAGGGAAUCAGGGCACGAAUGGGAAUGGGGAACGAAACGAGGGAUCAGCCAGGGAUCGAGAGUCAGCCAAACUGGAAGGGACCCGAGAAGACGGAAAGGACGCCUCAAUUGGAAAAAGCUCGGGGAAAGCUUGGGGUAGCAAAAGGGGACCUCAGGAAAACAGGGAAGGGGGAAACGAUAUGAGAACAAGUCCUCGGAACUCAGCAGGAGCCACCCCUAAAAAGACGAAAGUCUUGGAUACCAGUCAUAAACUGGCAGAGAUAGAGAAGCGGACCGCGGAAUUUAAGGCAAGACUUAUCGAGCAGAUGAUGGUCGGGGAUGAGGAGGACCUCCAGGACGCAGGGUCGCGUGAGGGACGCAGGACCGGUCAGGACGAGGCUAGGUAUGAGGGGAAGAAUGAUAGUCACAAAGGAACGCCUAGCAAGAAGGGGAAGGACAAGAGCGACCCCCCAGCGGAAGGAACGGAAAACGCUAUGAACCCACCCGCCAUUGACAGCGGCACUAGCAGACUACCCGCCAGGCCGAAAGUAACAGGGGCGUGUGACGGACUCUGGAGCCUUAGGGAGAGAGUGCUAGGAUGGUUCGACCUAGAAGGAACACCGAAAACCAGGGAGAAGCAGAGGGAAAGCAAGGAAGGGGAAGGAGUCAGUGCAGCCGGGGAAGCAGGUGGCUCCGAAGACAGGCUCAAGAAAGUAGUCGCCACCCUCAACAGGACAUUGAACAAGAAUCAGGGGCAUCUCGCAGAUGCAAAAAAGAAACUCACGUUCGAUGGGGCCAACAUUACGGAAUUUCUAAUAGACUAUGAGAACCUACCAGCCUUACUGAAAUGGACGAAAGAGGAAAAGAUGGAGCACCUAGGACAGCACGUAUCGUUAAGUUUAGGAAGGGACAUUAUGGCCAUCGUCGCCUCCAGUGGAUCCUGGAAAGAGACCAGGAAUGAAAUGAUGAGGAAAUACCUGAAGGCAGAAAAAAUGGCAACAGAGGCAGAAUUAGUCGCAGUCCAGAGGAAAAACUUUGCAACCUACAACGAUUUCCUGAGGGCGUUUACGUUAGUGGCUCUGCGAAUUCCUAGGGUAACGGACCGCAUAAUGAGUAAAUACUUCCUCAGGCAGUUCUCCGAGUUCGAUAAGGAUAAGAUUUUGUCAGCAUACCAGCAGACCAGUAAGUUCGAGUACACAAGAGAUGUGGACUUCAGCACCGUAACAGACCUUGCGGAAAAGACAGUGGUCACCGAGACACUAGCCUUGCUUAAGGAAGGGGAGGUCAUAGAUCUGACCGGGAAAACAGGAGACAAGGCAAACCCGAGACUGCUCAAGGGCCUCAGGCAGCUAUUGACGCGUAAACGUGUAGAAGUAGAGGAGGCUCCAGAACUACAAGAACAAGGACCCGAGGAGGCAGAGGCGCCACAAGGAGUCUCUAACCUCCAAAGCAUUCCAGGGGGCUUGGAAGACUUGGAAAAAGCCUUUGCCGAUAUUCGUCUGAGUCUGCCGGACCGAGAAGGUGGCGAAGUAAUGAGGGCACCGCCCGACACUAAACUUAGCUUCCACGCACUCCCUGUAGGCAAACUUAAAGUCCAGAUCGGAACCCAUCACACUGACGCAUUAGUGGAUGGCGGCGCAGAGAUUACCCCCAUACGACAAGAUUUCGCAACAAUCAUCGAAUGCACAAUAAACAAGGAAGUAGCAGGGAGUAUCAAAGGAGCAGGCGGAGAAAUUCCCUUCACCGGGUACGUCACCGAAUGCGCGGUCAGGGCAGGAAUUCAGGAAUCCAUUUGGUCUUUCCAACGGAUGACCGUCAUGGAAGAAAUGGACCAUGACAUAAUCCUUGGGAGACCUUGGUGCGCCAAUGUAGAAAUGAUUGGCAUGCACUUGCAUGACGACACGUACAUGGUAGACAUAGAAGAUCCGGUGACAGGUCGCGGAGAACUCCUCCGACUCCUCGGAACUGAAGGGGACCCUCCCAAGGGUAAAUUGGCAAACUGGUCGCCGACGUUUGAAGAAAGCGCACGGAAAGGCGCAAUCACACGGAUGGAAGGUAUGAGAGAAAGAGUAGAAAUCAUGAUUGAGGAAGUCUUUAGCAAGAAGGAGUGGAUUAAGAUGGGCCUACCCCUGAAGAAAAGGAGGCAAGAGGAUGAGGCCCUGGAAGUUAUGGUGGCAGAAAAAGAGUCGGAAGUCGAACUUGGGGUCAGCCUGCCCAAACCAAAGGAAGGCCGGAACGAAACGUCGGAGGUAGUACUUGAAAUCCCGGAUUUAUUACAACUCAUUAAGGCCAUCAGGUACCACAAAGUGGGGGUGGACCUCGCAGCGCUUGCCAGAUUUGAGGAUGGGGUUCGAAAGGGCUACUGUCUGAAUGGGAAGCUAGUCAGCAUCCAGCCCCGCGUCUCGGAGAUGCAAGUGACCCCUAUGGAUUUCACAAAUGCGGUAGCAGAGGCGCAAAGGAGGAUGCUCGCCGUCACAGGGGAUAUGUUUCCAGAAAAGUGUGAACCGUAUAUAGAUGAUAACCCCGUAAAAGGCGCAAGAUACAAGGACGAGACAGAGGUCGAGCCGGGCGUGCGAAAAUUUGUCUGGGACCACCUGCAGGAUAUCAAGGAUCUCCUACAGCGGUUCUUGCUCUAUAAUAUUACCGCAAGUGGGCCAAAGAGCAUCCUGGCUGUCCCGGAAGUAACUAUACUGAGAUUUCGUUGUGGGGCCUAUGGGAGGAGACCCGACCCAGCAAAGACUGAUAAGAUCUCUCAGUGGCCGACGCCCCUGCGUACUAUGACGGAAGUACGAGCCUUCCUAGGGGUGGUUGGAUUCUGGAGGAUCUUCAUCAAAGAUUUCGCAAAGAUAGCAGAACCUAUCCGCGCGAUGAUUAGGGAAGGUGGUACAAUGGAUUGGACUGAGGAUAGGGAAGAGGCAGCCCAAACCCUCAAAGACAUCCUGUCGUCCGAUCAGGUCACUCUAGCAGCACCCUGUUUUAAUGACGAGGUAGGACGGCCCUUCAUCUUAGAAACAGAUGGGGGACCGCUGACAGUUGGAGGAGUAUUGAUACAGAGAAGCGAGGAGGGCAAGGAAAGGCCAAUCAGAUUUGAAAGUAGAACCCUGAAUUCGGCAGAACGGCGGUACUCACAGUUCAAGAAGGAGGUCCUAGCGAUUCUGCAUUGUCUUAAGACCUUCCAGGCAUACCUGUUCGGGACGCGAUUUAUCCUAAGGAUCGAUCCUACCAACGUCGUCGGGGCCCUAAAGAACUACAAGCCUAUAGACCCGACCGUUGGCAGAUGGAUAGGCUUCAUAUGGCAAUUCGAUUACAAGGUCGAGCGAAUUGCAGGACUUCGAAAUAGGGCAGAUGGGCUGAGCAGGGUAUGUAUCACGCUAGAAAGAGUAGAGGACGCGGAACCAGUUGACGUCUUCCUAGAAUACGAAGGCGGGACCCUUGUUGUGGAUAAUGAGAUGACAGAUCCAGCAAUUACAACAGGACCAGGUAAGGAGCAAACAACAACCGGUAAAAUGGAAUUCGGAAAUGAAAAUGACAGCAACGCUAUCAAUAGGCCUACUGAGGGGCAGUCAUUGAGGCAGGCUGGGGAAUCAAGCUCCAGGAAGAGGAAGUUAUAUGUGGGGUUUGACCAUAACCUGGUGCUAAACAGAGGGGGUAGGAAACAAGGAACCAGAGGGCCAUCACCACUGAAGGAAGGGGAGCCAAUAGAGCUGCCUUCAGAGAGUGAUCCUAGCAGCGAGGAAGAGGGGAACCCAGAGGAGGGACAACGGCCGGGGGAGAAUGAGCCAGUGGAGUUCAUUGACCUCACCAGCGAUGAGGAGGAGGAUGAGGUGACAACGCCCACAAGAGAAGAACGGGGAAGAAGGGAGCAACCAGGUGAGAAAAAGGACAAGUGGAUAAAAGAGUUCGGAUACGAGUUCAGCGACCGGUUUGAUCAAUGGGGCACCAUCUUGCGAUACCAGUGGAUCAUGAAGGCAAGGGAAAAGCUGGGCAGGGGAGAGGAUCUAUCCCCAACAACCUUCUUCACAGAACAGACACUCCUCCAGUUCCAAGGGGUAAAGAGGCAAAUGGAGUAGGAAGGGGAGAAUCGCGCAAGGAGGGAGGCUCAACGCAGGCCACCUGGACGAUAGAGGCACAACAGCCUCUG